AUGAUUACCGACCGAGAGACAUUGUGGAAGGUACUGAGGCACUAUGAAGUACCAGAGAAGCUAGUCUCCCUGAUUCAAAACACCUACCAAGUGGACACCUCUGACCAACUUGACGAUCUUGAUUUUGCAGAUGACCUGGCUCUCCUUUCGCACAACCAAAGCCAGAUGCAGGAUAAAACAACUCGCCUUGCAACAACGUCAACAGGAACGGGUCUCAAAAUCAACUCGAAGAAAACAGAAUUGAUGAAGAUAAACACCACUGUCCAAACACCAGUCACAGUUGGUGGUGAGCCCAUCAAAGAAGUUGAGUCCUUCAUCUACCUGGGGAGUGCUGCAUAG